CGUCCCCUCUUUCUCCCCCUUCCUCCGCCCCACCCCGGACCCUCGCCGCCUCCAGCUUCUUCCAAUCCCCCCCUUUCCGUCUAGGGUUUUGCUUCCUCCCCCAGAAAAAUCGAGGCCGAGCCCCUAAUCCCCGAGCGCGCCCCGCCUCGCCGACCGGUCGCCGGAGAUGUCCCGCACGCUGGUGCAGCCGGUGGGGCAGAAGCGGCUGACCAACGUGGCCGUGGUGCGGCUGCGCAAGGGCGGCCAGCGGUUCGAGAUCGCCUGCUUCCCCAACAAGGUGGUCAACUGGCGCGACCGCGUCGAGAAGGACCUCGACGAGGUGCUCCAGUCCCACAACGUCUACUCCAACGUCUCCAAGGGCGUCCUCGCCAAGUCCAAGGACCUCAUCAGGAUCUUCGGCACCGACGACCUCGUCGAAAUCUGCCUCGAGAUUUUGGAGAAAGGGGAGCUACAGGUGUCUGGCAAGGAGAGGGAGGCGCAGCUGUCCGCGCAGUUCAGGGACAUCGCCACCAUCGUCAUGGAGAAGACUAUCGAUUCUGAGACCCGGCGCCCCUACACCAUGAACAUGAUCGAGCGCCUCAUGCACGACAUACACUUUGCGGUCGAUCCAAACGUUACCUCCAAGGAACAGGCACUGAGAGUCAUUAAGAAGCUAAUUGAGAACCCUAAAUGCUCGAUAAAGCGUGCACCAUUGACAGUGAGGUUCAUUGCACCUAAGUCCAAUCUUUCUGGCCUUAUGGAGAAGCUUGAUGGGUGGAAUGCAAUUGUUCUUUCAAAGGAUGAAUCUGCUGAUCAGUCUUCCAUUGUAUGUGAGAUUGAACCAUCUGUUCUGCACUCGUGUGAAGAGAAACUGAAGGACGUGCAAGGGAGGGUGGAAGUACUCUCGGUGUCGGCACACAAAGAAGGUGGCUCUUCUACAGACCAAUAUGACAAUGUCGCGGACAAUGUGGAGAAGGCACAGCCUGUCCCUGCGAAGGAGUCUGGUGCUGUUGCUCAGCUAAGUGAGACCAUGCAGAAACAGAGCCUUUCAAGUGAAGUGGACAGCCAGGGUCAGGCACCAGGCAAGCCGCAGAAAAGAUGCAGAGAAUGUGACGUAUUCAUGGAGGACAAGCUGUACAGAGACCACUGCAAGUCCGGGUGGCACAAGCACAACUACACACGCCACAAGAAUGGGCUUCCUCCGCUCAGCCAAGAGGAGUGCUUGAUGGAAAUGGAGAUGGCAGAGUCCCAGAGGGGCCUGAAGGACUACGAUUUCUGAGGUGGGUUUUGUCUAGCACUCCCUCUCACCGCUCCUUCGAGGCCGAUAAACGGCACGCGCAAGGCAUGAAUUUUGCAGUCUUGUUGUUUCCGAGGACAUAGUCAUCGUUUGGUAAAUGCUAGUAUGAAGUGGGGAACGAGUUUUGCGAUACGCUAGCAAGUUUAUAAAAUGUAAUCGGGUUACAUUGUGUGAAUGUGAACUGUGAAGGUAGCAGAACCUGGCUCAUGUGUAGUUGGCUGAGUGAACUCGUGGCAGUACUGAUGUUUGCGGCAUGAACUGUAACGUGAUGAUAUAUGGUACGGUCUUGAGUAUGCGCCUGUUAUGGAUGUGAACCAACUUAAUGCAACAUAUGUAUAUCGAUUUUGCAA